UUUCCCUCCCCUAUUCAUUUAUACGUGUACGUUUUCUGUAUCUAUAAACCUAUCAUCUCUGUGAUUUUAUAGGGCUUCAUUUUCAUUUGAUUCCUCUAUACCUUUUUUUCUCGCUCCUGAAAGGUCGUGUUCUAGUAACAAAUUGGAUUAGACAUUGAGACAGAGCUUCAAUAUCGGCUUCUUCACCGGAUCGUAUGUCUGUUAUUUGUCUAAAGUUGAUCAAAACAAGCAGUUGCGUAGAGGAGUCUUGGAUGCAUAAUUCAGACUGAGUUGUGAUGGACAUUAAGUCGAAUCACAAUGCACCUACACUAACGGACCCCACACCAAUAAACAAACCAAGAUUAGGACUUUAUGAUGCUUUGUUACCAUAUUCAUCUGGAGCAGUCUUCUCUCCUGGCCUUUUUUUAAAAGUCCAAUGGAAAAAGCCUGGACUACAUAAUUGGUUGGAUGCAAUGAAGUCCUCAUCUCCCACUCAUCAAAAACUAACAAAAGCUUCUGUUUCUGGAAUUGACACGUCAUCAAAUGACGUGGCGACGGUUGCUUAUUGCAAUUGGCUUGUCAAAUAUCCCUCUGCACUCACCUCCUUUGAACAUAUUAUGAAAUAUGCAAAUAGUAAAAGAAUAGCAUUGUUUCUUGAUUAUGAUGGAACUUUAUCACCGAUUGUGGACAACCCUGAUCUUGCCUUCAUGUCUGAUGCUAUGCGGGCUGUUGUGAAAAAUGUGGCCAAAUACAUCCCAACAGCAAUCAUCAGUGGUAGAAGUCGUGACAAGGUACACGAGUUUGUAGGGUUACAAGAACUCUAUUAUGCCGGUAGUCAUGGGAUGGACAUCAUGAGUCCCGGCAAGGAGGGUGAAGAUGGUAACUUGUUCCAGCCUGCUAGUGAAUUUCUAGCAAUGAUCAAUGAGGUUUAUAAGUCACUUGUUGAAACAACCAAAGAAAUCAAAGGAGCAAAAGUGGAGAACAAUAAGUUUUGUGUCUCCGUACACUACCGCAAUGUAGAUGAAAAGAGUUGGCAAACAGUGGCGCAAUAUGUACAAAACAUUUUGAAAGACUAUCCACGUCUGCGAUUGACACAUGGGAGAAAGGUUUUGGAGGUACGUCCGGUGCUUAAGUGGGAUAAGGGAAAGGCGGUUGAAUUCUUGCUUGAGUCACUUGGGUUAAAUAAUUGUGAUGAUGUGCUCCCGAUAUAUAUUGGAGAUGAUAGAACUGAUGAGGAUGCAUUCAAGUUUUUAAGAGAAGGUGGUGGAGGUUUUGGGAUCUUGGUGUCUUGUGCCCCGAAAGAAAGCAGUGCGUUUUACUCCCUCCGGGAUCCAUCAGAGGUGAUGGAAUUUCUAAAAUUACUGGUGAUGAAUAAGAAGUCGAGUCCACUAUAAAGAGAGAGAUGCAUACAUAUGAUAUGAGAAUGAGACUAUUCUGCGCAUUUACUAUUUUGACCAUGCAUAUAGCAUACCAUUGGCGGAUCCAGACCAGAAGUGAAUUGGGGUCCAUUUUAUAAUUUCCAGACGAUUCAUAACAUCUUUAUUUGUAGCCUCAUAAAUUUAUUCUCCUUUAACCGUGCAAAUUAUACAAUCAUUCCUGAACUCAUCCGAAAUUCGAUUACACGGUUUAACCA